AUGUAUCGCGUUAUUUUAUUCGUCACGUUGACGUGUCUCGUCUUUAAUAUCAGUGGCAAGUUGAUCGAAGAAAAAGAUCCAAGGAUGGAGCUAACGACGAAAGAAGAGGAAGAUACAACUACAUCGUUGGAAGUUAUCUCACGUUCUUCGAUCAUUGACGAUUCACCGACUAAUCACUCGUCGAAGAAUUUCAGUUUGAACACGAAAACUGAUUUGUGUUCAAGUGUAAAGGAUCGAUAUCGUUGUCUCGUAUCUGUUUUAUCCAGAAUAGCAAAAAUUCAAGUCGACGAUAAUCAUGACUCGAGAACUUGGAGAAAAUCGUCGAUAAAGGAUUUAUUCGAUAAGAAGAAUCAAAAGUAUCAAUCGAAUUUCGAAAUAAAAAAGGAACAGGAAUCUGGAUUAUCUGAUCAGACCCGAGCAAAUUGUCGUUGCAAUGUUAUUCAAGAUGUUUACGUACCGGAAGCUGGAAAAAAAUUACCGGCCUAUGCUUGUAAAUUUCACGACAAGAUCUUCGUUCUUACCAGCGAAAGAUUUCUCGAGGAUCGUAGACCUUACUUUGAUAUAAACGUGGACGAGGAAACGUCACAGCAUUUGAACGUUGCUGUCUCGAAGCCACCCAAAACGGUACACGCCAAAAAACUUCCGGUCACGCUCGUUUUAAAAAAUGGUGAGGAUAAUUAUAGGAUACGAAAAAAACCAUAAGAUGGAGAUAACGAAAGUUGAGACUUUUAUACACAGUGAAUAUUUUCUUUAGAUAAUAAGAUAUAUAUAUAUCGCGUCUAUUGUAUUAAUAAAAUCUCACAUUAAAAUGUC